AUGGGCAUUUUAUUAGAACAUCAAUUAAUUCGUCUUUUUCUUAACACAUAUAUUGACUUAUUAAUAAAAUGGAGUGAAAAUAUUAAUAAUAAUAAUGAUGCCGUCUUAGAUAACGACGAAGAGUUUUUAUUUCGAGAGAUAAGUGUUAGAUUUGUUUUGUUAAUAGGUGAACUAAAUAAAUUAAACUUUUAUAUAUUUAAAAAAUUAUUUAUUGAUAAAAGAUUAAUUGACUUGAUUCAACAAUGUCUCAAUAAUAUAGCUACAAAUGAAAAAUAUUUAAAUGAUGCUAACUUAGAGAGUCUUAGUUAUAUUAUUCGCAUACUAAAUGACAUUAUUCAUUAUGAGGAUGAUGUUCAAGAUGAUCCGAUAUUAUUACCCAUAAUCGGUUCAAUUAUUAAAUGUUUAUGCUCUAAAUAUUAUUUAGAAACAUUUAAACAAUUGUUGCCUUCAUCAACAUCAACAAAUGAAUUAAGUGUUAAACAAAAUUUUUAUUAA